AACGCGCUUCCUCGCAUGUGUGAUUGACAGCUCCCUGUAGGAGAAAGUGCAUAUAAAGCAGCUGGGGGCUGCGGAGCCAGGGAGGCCACGUCUGCCGGCGUCCUGCUCGGAGGGGCCGGCUGCUCCUGCACGCCAGCACAGCCUCACUCUUUCUGGACUUUCCUCGGCAAGCUUAAAUCAGCUGUCACUGUAUCAUCUUUCCACAGCAGGAGUCGGCCCUGGGGAGAAGGAUGCUGUGCAAGCUGUUCCUGCUGGCCCUGUGGGCAUGGCCGGGGACUCAAGCCGUGAGCCAGGAAGAGGACGCCUUCUUCGACCUUUUCAGCGUCAGCAACAUCAACCGCAAGACCAUUGGCGCCAAGCAGUUCCGUGGCCCGGAGCCUGGCGGACCCGCCUACCGUUUUGUGCGCUUCGACUACCUGCCGCCCGUGGGCGCCGACGCCCUGCGCACGAUUGCGGAGCAGGCACGGCGCCGCGAUGGCUUCUUUCUGACGGCGCAGGUGCGGCAGGACCGCGGAACCCGGGGCACGCUGCUCACCCUGCACGGCCCAGGCGCGGCCCAGCGCCAGUUCGAGAUUGUGUCUAACGGCCCAGCAGACACGCUGGACUUGACCUACUGGGCUGGGGGUGCCCAGCACGUGCUCUCACUGGAGGACGUGGGCCUUGCAGAUGCGCGCUGGAAGAACGUCACCGUGCAGGUGGCCAGCGAGACCUACAGCCUGUACGUGGGCUGCGACCUCAUCGACAGCGUCACCCUGGACGAGCCCUUCUACGAGCGCCUGCAGCCAGAGGGCAGCAAGAUGUACGUGGCCAAGGGCGCUGCCCGUGACGGCCACUUCAGGGGUUUGCUUCAGAAUGUCCACUUGGUGUUUGAAAACUCGGUGGAAGAUCUUCUAACCAAGAAAGGUUGUCAGCAAGGCCAGGGAGCGGAGGUCAACGCCAUCAGUGAGAACACAGAGACGCUUCAUCUGAGCCCUCAUGUCCGGACUGAGUACAUGGGCCCGAGCGCCGAGCAGCGGCCUCCGGUGUGUGAGCACUCCUGUGAGGAGCUGGAGAACAUGAUCAACGAGCUCUCCGGGCUCCACGUCAUCGUGAACCAGCUCAACGAGAACCUGAAAAGAGUGUCGAAUGAUAACCAGUUUCUCUGGGAGCUCAUUGGUGGCCCUCCUAAGACGAGGAACGUGUCCACCUGCUGGCAGGACGGCCGGUUCUUUGCGGAAAAUGAGACCUGGGUGGUGGACAGCUGCACCACGUGUACCUGCAAGAAAUUUAAAACCAUCUGCCACCAAAUCACUUGCCCUCCAGCGACCUGUGCCAACCCUUCCUUCGUGGACGGCGAAUGCUGCCCGUCCUGCUUCCACUCAUCGGACAGUGAGGAGGGCUGGUCUCCGUGGGCAGAGUGGACCGAGUGCUCCGUGACGUGUGGCUCUGGGACCCAGCAGAGAGGCCGCUCAUGUGACGUCACCAGCAAUACCUGCUUGGGGCCGUCCAUCCAGACGCGGGCUUGUAGCCUGGGCAAAUGUGACACCCGCAUCCGGCAGGACGGCGGCUGGAGCCACUGGUCACCCUGGUCUUCCUGCUCUGUGACCUGUGGGGUCGGCAACAUCACGCGCAUCCGUCUCUGCAACUCCCCUGUGCCCCAGAUGGGGGGCAAGAACUGCAAAGGGAGUGGCCGGGAGACCAAGCCCUGCCAGGGCGUCCCGUGCCCAAUUGACGGCCGCUGGAGCCCCUGGUCCCCGUGGUCAGCCUGCACCGUCACCUGCGCUGGUGGGAUCCGGGAGCGCACGAGGGUCUGCAACAGCCCCGAGCCACAGCACGGGGGCAAGGCCUGCGUGGGGGACGUGACCGAGCGCCAGAUGUGCAACAAGAGGAGCUGCCCAGUCGAUGGGUGUCUGUCCAACCCCUGCUUUCCCGGAGCCCAGUGCAGCAGCUUCCCUGAUGGAUCCUGGUCCUGUGGCUCCUGCCCGGUGGGCUUUCUGGGCAAUGGCACCCACUGUGAGGAUCUGGAUGAGUGUGCCUUGGUCCCUGACGUCUGCUUCCCCAGUGGCAAGGGUCCACGCUGCAUCAACACCCAGCCGGGCUUCCACUGCCUGCCCUGCCCUCCACGCUACCGAGGGAGCCAGCCCAGUGGGGUCGGCCUGGAGGCCGCCAGCACAGACAAGCAAGUGUGUGAGCCUGAGAACCCGUGCAAGGACAAGACACACAGCUGCCACAGGCACGCAGAGUGCGUUUACCUGGGCCACUUCAGUGAGCCCAUGUACAAGUGUGAGUGUCAGACAGGCUACGCUGGUGAUGGGCUCAUCUGCGGAGAGGACUCGGACCUGGAUGGCUGGCCCAACUUCAACUUGGUCUGUGCCACCAAUGCCACCUACCACUGUGUCAAGGAUAACUGUCCCCAUCUGCCCAAUUCUGGGCAAGAAGAUUUUGACAAGGACGGAAUUGGUGAUGCCUGUGAUGAUGAUGAUGACAACGAUGGUGUGACCGACGAGAAGGACAACUGCCAGUUGCUCUUCAACCCCCGCCAGUUUGACUAUGACAAGGACGAGGUGGGCGACCGCUGUGACAACUGCCCCUACGUGCACAACCCGGCGCAGAUUGACACUGACAGCAACGGGGAGGGGGACGCCUGCUCCAUGGACAUCGAUGGUGACGAUGUCUUCAACGAGAGGGACAACUGCCCCUAUGUCUAUAACACAGACCAGAGGGACACUGACGGUGACGGUGUGGGGGACCACUGUGACAACUGCCCCCUGGUGCACAACCCUGACCAGACUGAUGUGGACAAUGACCUCGUUGGAGACCAGUGUGACAACAAUGAGGACAUAGACGACGACGGUCACCAGAACAACCAGGACAACUGCCCCUACAUCUCCAAUGCCAACCAGGCUGACCACGACGGUGACGGCAAGGGUGACGCCUGCGACCCUGACGAUGACAACGACGGGAUUCCAGAUGACAGGGACAAUUGCAGACUCGUCUUCAACCCCGACCAAGAGGACUCAGACGGUGACGGGAGGGGUGAUAUCUGUAAAGACGACUUUGACAACGACAAUGUCCCAGACAUUGAUGAUGUGUGCCCUGAAAAUAAUGCCAUCAGUGAGACCGACUUCAGGAACUUCCAGAUGGUUCCCUUGGAUCCAAAGGGGACCACCCAGAUUGACCCCAACUGGGUCAUUCGUCACCAGGGCAAGGAGCUGGUUCAGACGGCCAACUCGGACCCUGGCAUUGCUGUGGGAUUCGAUGAGUUUGGGUCCGUGGACUUCAGCGGCACCUUCUACGUCAACACGGACCGGGAUGAUGACUACGCGGGCUUCGUCUUCGGGUACCAGUCCAGCAGCCGCUUCUACGUGGUGAUGUGGAAGCAGGUGACCCAGACCUACUGGGAAGACCAGCCCACACGGGCCUACGGCUACUCCGGCGUGUCCCUCAAGGUGGUCAACUCCACCACUGGGACGGGCGAGCACCUGAGGAACGCGCUGUGGCACACGGGCAACACGGAGGGCCAGGUGCGAACCUUGUGGCAUGACCCCAAGAACAUUGGCUGGAAGGACUACACGGCCUACAGGUGGCACCUGACCCACAGGCCCAAGACGGGCUAUAUCAGGGUCUUAGUGCAUGAAGGGAAGCAGGUCAUGGCUGACUCAGGACCACUCUAUGACCAGACCUAUGCAGGCGGCCGGCUGGGCCUGUUUGUCUUCUCCCAGGAAAUGGUCUAUUUCUCCGACCUCAAGUACGAGUGCAGAGAUGUCUAAAUAAGAUUUGCUGCAUUUGCAGUAGAGCCCUCCACAUGCCCCAGAGCUGACCCCUCAGCUCAGCAAGGCCCUUGCAGCUUCCCUCUCUUUAGCAGCCCUCCUGCUACUUGGCCUGAGUUCUGAUGGUCCUACUCCUAUCAUCAACCUAAACCCAAGUGCCUUUAGAAGACACACCUGGUGGACAUCUAACCCAUCAUAGGAAACCAAUUUGAUAUGUGUGACUUUGUAUGGAGUGACAAUUGGGCAACCAUCACAUCGCUUUUUCUUGUUUGUUUAAAAAGAAUGACGUUUACAUAUAAAAUGUAAUUACUUCUUAUAUUUAUGUGUAUAUGGAAUUGAAGGGAAUAUUGUGCAUAAGCCGUUAACAUAAAUUAAGCAUGAAAAAUACUGCUAAGCUACUUUCAGUGCUCACAGCUGUCACUGUUCUGGCAUUAGACGCUCUGUAGGACACACAGGUCAGGCAUGCCGGUCAGUUGUGAAGAAGUGUCACCUUGCAGUUGAGGACACUCCACAGUGCAGGAGAGGUCAGAGGGCAGCAGGCAUGUGAGACAGUGGCCUGAUAGCAAAUGAUGUGACACUUUAAUUAACCAGAUAAAACAUAGAAAAUAAUUGCUAAAAUAAACAAAUACCCUUGCCCUGUUCUCUUGCCCUCCAAUGAAAGCCCUCGCGUUUUGCAGAGAGGCAGUUUUUGUGAAAGAGUGAACGUCCUUGCAAAAUGGAUGUUGUGUGGCCCCUCAUGUGGGUUUGGCAAAACUUAGUUUAAGUCACAGUUCUACAGAGCAAAGUGCUCUCUGGAUUCCAAGUUCCGGCUUCCUAACUCCAGUUGGCUGGUGGGGCAUGGGGACAGAGCCUGGCCAGGGUUGCUGGGCUUUGCCUUCAGCUCUCUAGUGCUUUGUGAGUGCCCCCUUCCUGAUCUCUGCUUGUAGAGAGUAGAGAAAUAGGCCCACAAGCAGAAAAUGCACUUUGGCACCUCACUGCUAUUCUAAACUUUGGACAUUGUGGAAAAGAUUACUUAAUUUGAUAACAUAUUUCAUUAAGUUUCCAGUUAUAAAUGUUCUGUUAAUAUUUAUUAAAUGAGUACAGGAUGAAUCUCCAUUCACCACUAACUUAUUUUCAAUAUGCAGGUAACAUGUCUGUAGUGUAAUUUCUAGAAUAAACAUAUACCAAGUAUAUAAUUAUACAAAGAUGCAGUUACAGCAAAUUGCCUGCCCAUCCCACUGUAAGGCUUUGUAGUGUUACAUUGUCAUGGUACAGCAUGCUGUAAAAUGCAGUAGAAUAAAUAAAUAAUAAUGAAGAGUAGGUAGUGGAGCCCUAAUAUAUAAUGUUGCCAGUGAUUUUGAUUCGUAUUUUCACUGUUAUCUAUCUGCUGUAUAUAGAAUUAUUUUUGUUUGAACGCUGAAGAAAAAUCAGCACGUAGACUUCCCAGACAUACCCAGUAAUCAGUCAGUAAUACAGGAAUGCACACACGCAGACCUGCUUUCUGCUCUACCUUGCAUGGUCUUUCUGCAGGAAAAGUAGCUCACCCUACUCCACGUGACGGGCCUCAUGAGGGGCGUGGCCUCAUGGGGGCGUGGCCUCACGGGGCAGGGCUUUCUCCUCCUGUGAGGAGGGGUCGCAUGCCUGUGAUAAAUAGGGAGGCUGUGUAGCUUCUGUCUUAAUUUACACAUUUCAUUUUGAUAAAAUUAUUUUUCCUUUGAGGUUGAUUUUCAUUUUGGUUUUGGUUUGUUGCACUUUCUCUACUUUUUUGGUGUGGAACCAUAUUCCCAAGACCAGCAAAGGGUUGGGAGGCUUCAUUAAAUGUACCAGCUGUUAUGGAGGUGUAGGUUUCCGCGUAAGUAUUGUUGGGUCAAACCGCACGACGCUGUGGGAAUGAUGAUGUGAAUAUUUAGAAUGUAAGAUAUUUUUUGUAAGUUAUUUAUGUUUUUUAAAACAAAUUUCUCAUAUAGGUUAAUGAAACUUCAUGUGUUUUGCCAAAGACUGUAAAUAUUUAUUUAUUUGUUCACAUGGUCAAAAUUUCACCACUGAAACCCUGCAUUUAGCUAGAGCCUCAUUUUUAUACUUUAAAGGUUAAUAACAGGCAAUAAAUUGUAAAAAGUUUUUC